GACGCGGGCGCGCGCACGCGCACUGGGGCCUCAGCCAUGGCGACCGUGCUGUCCAGAGCGCUUAAGCUCCCGGGGAAGAAGAGCCCGGACCUGGGGGAGUAUGAUCCGCUCACACAGGCUGACAGUGACGAGAGUGAGGAUGAUCUUGUGCUUAACCUGCAGCAGAAAAAUGGAGGGGUCAAAAAUGGGAAGAGUCCUCUGGGAGAAGCACCAGAGCCCGACUCGGAUGCUGAGGUUGCAGGGGCUGCAAAGCCACGUCAUUUGGAGGUCACCGCAGAGGGCUACCCCUCGGACCCCCUUGGGGGCCUGGAGCAGAAGGCAACCUCUUCCAUUGUAUCUUAUGUGCGCACAUCGGUCUUUCUGCUGACUCUGGUGAUCUCAAUGAUCCUGGUGCUUGUGUGUGCUUUCCUGAUCCCCUGUCCUCCCAGGGAUCUGCAUAGCACUUGGAGCCGCCACUUGGGCCCCCAGGGAGGUGGGGACCUGUCUCCAUUGGAGUUGGCUGAUGUGAACGGAGAUGGCCUGCGGGAUGUACUUCUCUCCUUUGUAGCUUCAAGGAAUGGGAGUGCAGUCGGUGUCUCAAGGCCAGCUGCUGUUCUCGUGUGCCUUUCGGGGAUGAAUGGCAGCACGCUCUGGUCUACUCCCCUCCCUGAGGAGGCCCGAGAUGUUACAUGUAUGGAUCUGAUGCCAGGAAGCGUGGCUGAAACCAUCUGCCUCGUAACAGGGACACACAAGAUGCUCAGUGUAUUCAAUGCGACAUCAGGGAAAGCCAUUUGGACUUUAAAACCAGACUACUUAUCCAACGGUACCCUGGCCGCCCCAGGCGUGGUGCUGCCGGACUUGGACGGAGAUGGCGUUAGAGAUCUUGUGGUUCUGGCCAUUGGAGAUUCGCAGCCAGAUCUGUGCUUUCUGCUGGUGUCUGGCCGGACGGGGCAUCCAGUGGGCCGACCUGUGAAGUACAACAUCGUGGGAGUGGGGAAUCUGAUUGGUCCUCAGGUUUACAUCACUGCAAAUGGGGCUGUCUACAUCCUGUUUGGCUUUGGAAAUAUCCAGGCUGUCGCCCUGAGGGACAUUUUUGUUCAGGCCCAAAAUCGAGACAGCUCACCGCCUUCUCUGCAGAUAGAAGAGCCAGAGUGGGAGAAGCGAAGAGCCAUCAACCUGUCUGAGCUCAUUGACAUUUACAGUGACGGUGUUGAGCUACUCCAGAUGGUGAAGGCACCGGACGCCAACUGCAGCAACCUCCUGAUUACCACCGGACAAGGCCUCGUCCUGCUUCGGGGGCAGAAUCUUACACCGUACUGGACAGUGAGCCUUCAAGGCCUGCGCAGCCAGCCUACUCCUGGGUAUUUCACUGACGAUGAGACGUUAGACUUCCUUCUGCAGAUCGAGGAUGGAGUUGGGAUGAGAAAGAUGGUGGUGGUGGAUGGGGACUCCGGCUCCAUCACAUGGAGUUACAGUGCUCCGUGUCACAUGAGAGAAACACCAACCACCUCAGCAGUUACCUCAGACCAGAAGUCUGUCUUCCUCUUCUGGGCUGAAGCGCUGUCAGCCGCACCUCCCAAUUCAGAUGUCCAAGGAACUGAGCCACCCAGCCUUCACCACCUUUAUCUCCUGCAUCCAGCAUUCCCCUCCAUUCUUCUGGAUCUGGCCAAUGCCACGGGCACAGUGACAGCUUCAGAGGUUGGAAUUAACGACCUCUGGAAAGAUGCCUUUUAUGUUACCAGGACAACAGGACCAAGUUCCGAAGGCCACCCAGCACCCCUGGUGGUCAGCAAGCUUAGUCUACGGUGGGCAAUGAUGGAGGGCCAAGUGGUCCAGCUAAAGGAGUCCACCCCCAAAAUUGGCCGUGGGGAGCUGCGAAGAUUCUUCUCUAGGAUAAAGUUUGUUGAUUCCCCCUACCAGCUCUAGUCUGAUGGGAUCCUCAGUCUCAGAAGUGAACAGAAUGGUACUGUCUCUCUCCUGUGUAAAAUCUGUUCUUUGGAGAGAAGACUUCUUCAACCUCACCUCGCCACCUCUGCGUGAUGGUUGCACAGCACUUUGGAAGGCAUGCUGGACUUGAUGACGGCACGAUCCCCUUGGCGGGGAUGUCUUACCUGCCUUUUCAAUCCCUGCAUUAACACCCCCUAAGCACUCUGUAUGGAUAGUUUGGAAAUGUGAAUCUUAUAAGGGUUUUAUUUUUUUGUGUCUAAUUUAUAAACUCUUGCUGGGAAAUUCCAGUGGAGUUCACUGGAACAUUUUGUUUUGCAAUAUGCCAUGUGUGUGUAUUUUUUAGUGUCUUGAUGAGAAAUAUUUUCUAGAUAUGUCCUAAGCUCCAGGGACCCAGUUUCUUGUCCUUCUGAAAUAUAUCUGCUUUGUUUGGUCAUCUUGAUUCUUCCAGAUGGCCUUCCUUGGAUUUUGAGGGCCACCCGUCAUUUCUCUCCUUAUCCUCUGCCCACCUGUCCCUUGGCUUCUUGCCAACCAGAGCAGCAGUGAGAGAGACUGAUAGUGGGGGCCAAGUUCGCCCUCCCAGCGUCUUCAUCUCUCUUGUCUUAUGCAUCCUGUCUUUUCACACCUUCCAUCUCUAUGUAUUUAGUGACCAUAGAUAUUCCUAUCAGAAGGGGAGGAGCAAGAGAAAUAUAAUUUAUAUGACCCACCUGUGACAAGGUUGUAUGUUAUCAUGUGUUUUGAUUGUUCUGCCUUUUUACUGCAGUAACUUCAGAAGUGCUUAUGUGUGUGCCCUCCUCAACUUGGAGAACUGGGAGUCAGAACUGUUGAGGCAGCUGUCCGUAUCCUGCUUCGUCUCUGCUCUGCUUUCUUAGCGUCUUCUCCUAUGGGGCGUCCUCCUUACCUAAGCCUCUCAUUUUGCUCUCUUUUAUUCAGGGAUAUUUUUGCUUUGCUUGCAUGAGAGCAGAGCUGUUUCUGGAUCUUACUCUUGCUCCUUAAGUCCAGUAUGCAGCCAUUUUGCCCUGCACAGCUCUUUCCUGGUAGAGCCUUUGAAGCAUUGUAUUUUGAGAAAAUUCCUCUGUAACUACUAUAACCUUUAUAAUUGGUUGAGUUCUUUAGAAUGAUCUCCAAUGCUUACUUCUUCUGUAUAAAUAUGUUACUUCUAUUAAGUUCUCUCCUAAACUUCCAAGUCAUUGUAGCAGAAAAUCCCACGUUAGCCGGUGGAGAACUGCUUUUCUUCUUGAAUAAUUUUGAUAUGUCAUCUCUGAGUGCAACUCAGGUUCUCUCUUUACUUGAGCCUGUAUCUUUUUAGCUUGUGUUAAGUAAAGGAAUCCAGGAAAUUUCAAGAUUACAGAAAAUUAGGGAUCCCAAAUUGAAAGGGCUAUAGUUGAAUUGCCCACUGGAAGGCAUCACCACAUAGUGAAAGGUUGGCAGCAAUAGCUCCUCGCAAGCCUGUUGCCUGGCCUGCAGGUGGGCCUUCCAGGUUUCUGGGCACCCCCGCCUUAAGCCCCUGAAAACAAAUUUGGUUUCAACACCUUGGAAGGCAUGUGUGGGUCCAGCUCAUUGUAAACUUGGGGGGACAAUUAGAGGAUGCCCGAGUGUGGGCAUGGUUCCAGUUUCAUUCUAGAUUUGAAGCUCCCUGGGCAGAAGAGCCUAGGAUCUAGUUUGCUCUAGUAGAGAAUUCUAAGGACUAAUUUGUAGUUGAGUGAAUACGUGAAAUGUGGCUGCUGGUGCUGCGGCCUGGGCUGAGCCAUCUAGGCUUAAAGCUGGUUCUCUGCCACGUUGAGGCUUUCUGGGAAGCCAGUUGCUCUCGGCAGGAAUAAAAUGCACAGUAAAACAAUGCCUGGUUUCGGGGGAUUGUUUUGGGCAGAAGACUGUGUUUAUGCUGAGUCCCAGAAUACCUAAGAAGCAGCUAGAAAAACAUAGUGUCCCUGAAUUCUUCAUGGUGCGUUUGCAAACUAAACAACAUAGAUUGUUUUGACUAUGGUAAAUUUGAGUCGCUCCUUGCUAGACACGGUACAUGUUCUAGGUUUCUUCGCCCUCUUGCAGGCAGUACAGAGGGUGUAAGUGGUGGCUGGGGAUUGCGGAAGCUUCGUCUGACUGGUGUGGGUGCUGGGGUCUCUUGUCAAAAGUGUCCCUAAACUUCCUUCCCUUCUCAGGCAACCGCUCAACCAGAUGUCUGAGGUAGGAAGCGCUCCUUUCUUCCCACUCCCAACAUGGGUUGCCAGCAAAGCCAAUAUGACCACUACUUAGAAAUAGUCACGGCUUCUGCAAAUGCAAGGGUCUUCCUCCUCGCCUCUCUCCUCUCUCCUCCCCUUAGAAACUCCUCUGCCCUAGACAGCAUCUGCCCCCUCCCCCAGAUGGUCUCUCCUCACCCUUCUAGUGUGGUAUGGGGAUACCAACCCCCUUGAAUGUGAAUUGCUGUCCUUACUGCCCAUAUUAAAGAAGAGCCUGCUGGUAUAUUGUCAGGAAGCACUAUUUAAAAUGUGAAUUGUUACAGAACAAAUAAAUACUACACACAGGAA